GUGUGGGCUGUGGCUCGCCGCCGCACGUCGCUUGUUAUCGCGCGGCGCUCGUUGUCCGUGGAGAGCCGAUCUCUGUGUCCCCGCCUCUGCCUUCUGCGCACGCCCACCGUGCGUCCACCCCCGGCGCGUGCUGUCAGUGUGUGCGCGCUGUCCGUGCUCCUCGGUGGCCCGGCCCGCCUCCGCUGCCCCGCGCAGCCCGGUCAGACGCUAUCGGCCGGCGGCCACCGUUUCCGGGCAGAGAUACGGACCGGCCGAGCCGCCGAGCCGCGGCCCAGUGCCGGGCGAACGCCGCCGCAGCCGCCGCCGCCGCCGCCGCCGCCGCCGCCGCGCCCCUGACCCGACGCCACCGCCCAGUCGGCCCGGGCACAGCCGAAAUCGAUGCGGCGACCGGCGGCCGCCGAACUCGACCAGCCUCGCCUCUGAGACAGACUGAGUGCGAGCCCCGGACGGCCGUGCCGUGACCAGUGAGGACUGUGUGUGCCGUGUGGUCUGCCGGGUCUGUGGUCUGAGUGACCCGGUGAUCAGUGACCGAGUGACGAAGUGAUCGGUGGCUCAGUGAACCGCGUGACCUGACCCCUGACCUGGCGUGUGGGCAGCCGUCGACCCGACAUCAUGGCCGGUACAGGGAGGCGGCGAUGUAAGGCGCUGUUCAGCUACACGCCGGACAAGGCUGACGAGCUGGCGCUUAAGCUGAACGACAUCAUUGACGUGUUGGAGGACGUGGAGCCCGGCUGGUGGAAGGGAUCGCUGAACGGCAAGGUGGGCGUCUUCCCGUCCAACUUCGUCGAGGAGCUGCCGCCGCUGCCUGCCGACGCCGACGUCGUUCAGGAGAUCAAACCCAAGCCGGUGAAGGGCGUUGGUCUGGGCGACAUCCUUAGGGACGCCAAGAGCCGACCGCCGCCACCGCAGCUGCCCCGGCCGCCCGACCCGACCCCGGCGCCCCAGCUGCCGCCCAAGCCAGUGAAGGAGCUGUGCCGGGCGCUGUUCGCCUACCAGCGGCAGAAUGACGACGAGCUGACGCUAAAGGAGGGCGACAUCGUCACCAUCGUGUCCAAGGAGAGCGACGACAAGGGCUGGUGGCGCGGAGAGCUGGCUGGAAAGAUCGGCGUCUUCCCCGACAACUUUGUGGAGAUCAUCUCCUCAACUGAGAAGCCGGCCAGGCCUGGUAAGCCGCCGUCGAAGCUAGCGACGAAGACGGAGGCGCCCCAGGCGAGUGGCAGACCUACCUCGACGGGCAGCGACGGAGCGAAGACGGCCGCCGCCCAGCCACCGCCCGCUGCAGGCGCUGCCGGAGACGCGGAGCCGACUGCCACCAUGUCGCAGCCGACAGCCGCCCCCGCCCCCUCCCCCGCCCCCGCCCCGGCUGCCGACCCGGUCCCAGCCCAGGCGCCCUCUCCCCCGCCGCCCCUGCCGAAAACCCCGCCUCCGAAACAGGCAUCUCCCAAGCCUCCUCCUCUGUCGUCCAAACCCGCCACCCAGUCACCUGCGUCCGGCGCCAAGCCGACAGCGGUGCCACCUACUAACCCGUCUGACACCACUAACUCUCCUGUCCAAACAGAGGUGGCGCCACCGGCGGCCGCCGCUCCCGCCUCAGUCCCCGAUGGGCCCAAAAAGGCGCAGAGGCCAGACGGCGACACUAGCUUAGAGGAGUUUGAUGCGGUGGAGCGCAGCUCGGAGCGGCUGACGCACAUAACUGCCGACCGAGCGCGCGCCCCCGGCCGACGGCCCACCUCGACCAUCUUCUCCCGAGAGAGCAUGUCGCCCCAGGCGCCGUCGUCACCGGCUACUCCGUCGGAGGCUCCGUUGGCAGAGGAGCCGGACCUGGUGAACGGCACAGCCGACCGGGAGCCGGCGGCCGCCGCGCCCACCGUCUCCCCCACCGCCCAGGCGGCGCCGCCCUGGAUGAAGGAGCUCCAGCGGGCGCAGAUCAAACGCCACUCGCGGCCAGUGGAGACGGAUGACGAAAAGACGGAGCGGCAGACGUCGGACGCCUCGUCGGCGGCGGCGACGACCUCACCGGAACCGGCGGCGGCCACCUCACCGUCCGCGCCCGUACCGAGCCGGCCACCCUGGAUGUGCGAGCUACAGCGGGCCCACAGCAAAAAACAGUCCUCCAGAGACAAGGAUGACGAGAAGGCCAGUGGCGACACCGCGCCAUCCUCGGACCAGUCUGACUCGGCGCCAGCACCGCCACCGGUGGCCCAGGCGCGGCCCGCGCGGCCAGAGCUGCCCUCAGAAGUGAAGGCCAGGAGGCCGGUCUCGGCUCGGAUCGCCCCGAAGCCCGCCGACCCCCCGGCAGUCGCUCCAGCGGCGGCCGUCGCGCCGCCCCGGCCGGCCGCACCGCCGGCAGCUGCCGCGCCGGCUCCCGCGCCGGCAGCUGCCAGCGACACCCGGCAGCUGCAGGAGCAGGUCGCGCAGCUGCAGAAACAGCUGGCCGAUCAGAGCCGUCAGUUCACGGAAUCCCUAACAGCUCUGAAGGCCGACUACACCAAGCGGAUGCGCACUGUGCUCGAUGAACUGGACUCUGAGAAGAAGGCGCGCCUGGUAAUGCAGGUGCAGCUCGACAGGCUAGACAAACUCGUCAAGGACAUGAACUUCAGCAGUGUGUAGCACCGCGCGCCGACCGCUUCCCUAUGUCAAAUGGACGAGGCGUGGCGGUGAAGAGACAGUGCCGUCAAAUUCCGAGAGUGUGCGCUAAUGAAUGACGAAUGCGUACCGAACAGUGUGAACUCCAUAGCGUUUAUUAUAUCGACAUGCAUACAUACGUAGUUCGCGUAGAAUCAGCCGAACGAGAGAAUGCUUUACGAGACCUGAUUACACGCGGUUGUGGACGCGUCGGAACGUGGGCGGCCGCAGUGACCUCCGCAGAGGCUACACGGUCGGCACUCCGUGCUAUGCAGAGGCUACGGAACAAUAAGAAGAAAUCAUCCUGGCUGGUGAUUUACGGAAAGCUGCAUAAAAUCCGCCGUGACUGCCUUGUGAUCGUUUGGUUCCCCGGGUUUUAUGGGAGGCUCGACAGAGGCUUUCCCGCGGAGGCUGUCCUGCCAUUCCGACUCUGUCUCGGCCAAGUGCCCAUGCUUUUAAUGAUAGCCCGCCGUGCAAAGUCUGCUGUUGUGAUAUGAAGGCGAGAGACGCAUGUGUUGAUUCCGAUGCUCGCCGCGCAUCCGGUGAUCUUGUUUAUCUGUUCCUGCUCCAUUCCUGACGAGUCUCUAGAGAGUCGUGAAAAUCGGCCGGCUGGGACGGACCGGUCCUCCGGUGCUGGGAGGGAUAAUGUGUUCCCCUUUACGUCCUCCCCCUCCCCUCCCCACGGGGCCCGGGGCCGGACAAAGCUGACCGAGUCAUUCCCGUGGCUUUGAGUUAGCCUGCUGGAGACACCAGUGGGAUGCGUGCUAAAUCAUGACGCUGUAUUUUCUGAGUAGACAAUUACAUUUUGUAUGAAAUUUA